GAACCUUCUCCCAGAGGUAUUGGUGGAAUGCCGAGUUCUGGGCGGCCCUGGAUCACCGGUUGUUCUUUUCAACGCCGGCGAGUUUGACGCUGCGCCCUAUGUUGGCUAUCUGUCGGACAACGCCAUCACCGGCGCCCAUGCGAAAGCGGUCGACGGCGCUGUCAUCAUGAUAGAGCACCGUGGCUAUGGCGCAUCUACACCCUUUGCCGAGCAAGACACUGCCAACUUGCAGUACCUCUCCCUGGAAAAUGCCAUCAAGGACAUGGUCCAUUUCGCUCGCGACGUGGAGCUGCCAUUUGACAACAACCGGAGCAGUAAUGCACCCCAAUCCCCAUGGGUCUUCGUUGGCGCUUCGUGCACCGGGGCCUUGGCUGCUUGGAUCCAGAAGCUCGCACCAGGGACCUUCUGGGCGUACCACUCUAGCAGCGGUCCCGUGCAGGCCAUCUACAACUUUUGGCACUAUUAUGUGCCUGUCCAGGAAGGAAUGCCUCAGGACUGUCGGAAGGCGUUUGAGCAGAUUUCCUCGCAGGUGGACAAAGUGCUCGGAAACGGCACAGCCACUGAUGUUGGUCGUCUGAAGGCCAUGUUCCAGCUGGAGAAGCUCGAGUACAACGACGACUUUGCCAAUGCGAUAUCCUCACCACUGGGAGGGUGGCAAUCUACUGGUUCUGCCACCGACGACGCAGGUUUCCAAGCCAUGUGCAAUUCUAUUCUGGGCGGAGGGCCAGCCGCGAGGUCCAACCUCACGGCAGGUGGCACCGGUGGGGUAGAUGUCCUCACCAACUACGCCAACUGGUUUAAAACGCAAUAUUACCCAGAGUGGGAAGCCGAGGGCUCCGUGGGCUGCUUUGACACGCACAACGCAAGCAGCCCCUUCUACCGCGACUGGACCGCAAACAACACGGCCCACCGGCCGUGGAUGUGGCAGCUGUGCGACGAGCCCUUCUUCUACUGGCCCACGGGCUCGGCCCCCGAGGGCGUGGCCACCAUCGUGCCGAGGGCGAUCACGCCAGAAUACUACCAGCAACAGUGCGACCUGUUCCUCCCGGAGCAGGGGAACCACACCUACGGCUCCGACGACGGCGCGACGGACAUGCAGCUCAACCAGCUGACGGGCGGGUGGAACUUGACCAACACCACGCGACUUUUAUGGAUAAACGGCGAGUUUGAUCCUUGGCGCUCCACGUCAGUGUCGAGCGACUUCAGACCCGGUGGUCCUCUAAAGUCGACUCCGGAAGCCCCUGCCCUUGUCAUGUCAGGCGCGAGGCACUGCGAGGACAUGCAGAUACGCAACAAUGUGAAUCCGGCCGUCGGGGAGGCCUAGGAGGCGGCCACGGCGCAGAUCAAGACCUGGGUUGCCGAGUUCUAUGCUCAGGGGGACGGGAAGGCCACAGUAGGGAGGGGAAAGACCAG